AUCGAUCCACCCUCCUCAGGGGCUGCUCCUCCUUCCCAUGUGGAUCUCCGGGGAGGGAAUCCCGCGGUGCUUCUCUGCACAUGCAGAUCUGGGAUGCCCUGCCCUGCCCACCUUAUCGAGUUUGGUGCGGUAUGUCUUGGUCAGAGGAGUAGGUUCGAUUUUUAAUUUGGAAAAUAUGGAGUUGGACGCAACCGAUUUGCUAGGGUUUUCUUAGGUUUAAUGUUGUUGCGGUUUGUCUCUGCAUCGGUGAAAUUGGCCUCGACGUGGAGUAAUAUUUGGUAUGGAAGUUCUGCGAAUUUGAGCGGUUUCUGGUUGUUCGAUAGAUGGCUUUGGAAUUUCCGAGAAAACAGGGAGAAUCGAAGGGGACGGAGUUGGAAUUUGAAGUUGACGCAUUCGAUUUGCAAUGGAGGCUAUGGCUCAUCAUCAACAACGCCGGCGUCGUCGUUCCACAGCUUCGAAGGAAUUGGCGCACGGCAACAGGAAAAUAUAUGAUCCACGACGGUGGCAUAAGCGGACAAACAGUGGUUCAGAGAUAGGUGGGCAGCCCCCAGCAGGUUGGGUCCUUAUAUGGGCUGGAAGGUUCAAGCGCUGGCGUAGGCGGUGGUUUGUUGCAAACCCUCCCGGGCUGCUUCUCCACUAUAAGAAUUCAAAUCAAAUUGGCCGUCACGGGUGCAUCAGUCUCCUUGGUGCGACAGUGGUUCCUACUCCUGGCAAGGAGCGGCAGUUCAAGAUUAUGAAGGGUUCUAUGGUGUAUUACUUGCGUACUAUUAGGCGUGAUUAUCGACAGCCUUGGUUGGAUGCCAUUCAUGAUUCAUUACGGGUGUUUCAUGAUUCUCUAGAGAGGGCUCAAGGUGGAGCUGGCGGUGGCACUUCAUUACUACCUCAGCACUCUGUACCUUCGCAUAAGAGAGAGGAUUGGGAGGCUCAAGAAAAGGAGCUAAAGAGAAGGGUUAGGGAACGCCUGAGGGACCUGGAACCUACUCGGAAGGCUUUUCUUGAUCAAUUGCAGACAUUGCAACAUUCAUUAUCGACAAUCUCCGGUGUUCUUGGAUUCGCUGACACUCCGGAGGUGCCUCAAAAAUCCACGACAAGUGCACUCCCUGCUUUGCCAAGGCUGCCAGAGACUAACUGGAGGUCAAAUGGGUUGUUCAUGACAGAGCAUGAAGCUUUAGACUCGGACGUUCCUCAACAGCACAACGGUUCCCCGGCAACAGGAGAUGACAGAAUAUCGUCUCCAGAGAUGGGAGCAUCAAAUUCUCGUCAGAAUCAUUCUGCGCCUAUAUCACCACGAACAUCUCAGCUUCAUGACAAUGAUCCUAACAGCAGAAGUGCUUCUCGUUCAUUUUUGAAAUGGAAGAGUGACCCUGAUACAUUAACGCUCACGGAUUCCACUAUAGAUCUAAGUUGUAUCAGGUCUCAGAAGUCAGUACCCGUCUUCGAAACACUGAUUGACAAGAAAUUCAGAGGUGAUAGACGGAGAAGUUUAUCUUUUUCGAUGGAUGAUCCCGACUGUUUUCCUCAGGACAUGAGCUGCAUCGGUGCUGAGUGUUUUCCAGUAAGAAAACGGGGUGGCCAUGGAAAUGCAUCCGACACUGAAUCAUCAUCUAAAAAACAGCCUGUCAGGUUCAGUAGCCCCUUGCACCAGCGGAAGAAAAAUGUGGAGUCUGUGUACAACUUCACUCCAAAUUCCAGUCAGGAACUUGAUCCAAGCCUAAUGAAGAAGUUGGAGAAAGACGUCUUUGUGCAAAGUAAGGAAUCGGAAGCGCUAUUACAUGGCUCAGCUUCUAAAACAAGUGGGGUCUCAAGUCAUUGUAGCAAAGAAGUCAGGUUUGGGGUAGGGCAACUGAGAGCGAUCGAUAAUGGAGGAUCCACAGGCCCUGGUAGAAAUGAGUUAUUCAGCCAAGGGCCUCUUCAUGCUGCUUGGAACAAUAUGCAGGAUACGUACACUGAGGCUUUGAAAGAAGAGAUAUACCGUGUGCUCGAACUUGAGGCAGAGAAUGCCAUCCUACAACAAGCAAUGCGAUCAUUGCCCCAACUUCAGCAAGAUCGAGCAGCUCUCUACAGACUGAAGGAAAGAAACAAGAAACAAUGUGAGUGUGGUCGUAAAAACAUCUCUGAAGAGGAAAUCGAAGAAGAUGGUGAAGAUACUGAAGAGGAGAUUGCAAUAGUACAUCCUGAUGUUGGAAACGAGGAGUACUUUGAGGCCUUGGAGGUCUUGAAUCAUCAUGAGUUUGCAGCUCGAUCAAUUUCACCAGAUGAACAAGGAAUUUUAGCUGAGACUGCUGAUGGUAAUCAAGAACCCCCUGAAGAAGCUGAAACAGGGGAUGCCGAUUUUCUAUCUGAAGUCGAAGGAGAAGAGAUCGAUAUGCCCAGGAUAAGACUACCAGCUCCUAGACCACUUUCUCGAGGUUUCACGGUAUGGACAGUUUUGAAGAAUGCAGUGGGCAGGGACCUCAACCACAUCACAAUGCCUGCCACCAUUAACGAACCCCUCUCAGUGCUUCAGAAGUGUGCUGAAGAACUGCAGUAUCGUCAUUUGUUGGAACAAGCAGUUCAGAAGGAGAACUCUUUAGAGCGAUUGCUUCUGGCCAGUGCAUUCGCUUGUGCUAGCUAUUAUGGGAGCAUUCACCGCGAUGCAAAACCUUUUAAUCCUUUAUUGGGGGAAACGUAUGAGUAUCAAGAUAACCGUUGUUGGUUUUUAGCUGAGCAGGUCAGUCAUCACCCACCAAUACUAGCCUUUCAAAGUGAAGACAUAGGUGGUGGAUAUCAAAUUUAUGGCGAGAUUGAGAUUAAGAACAAGUUUUGGGGAAGAAGUAUUGAGGUUCUUUGCAACGGAGCUGUCCAUUUAAAAAUUCCUAAGUAUGAAGAUCAUAUCACAUGGAAUCGGGCAACUCUUUGUAUUCAUAAUGUACUUGUAGGUAAAGCAUGGAUUGACAAUUAUGGAGAAGUGUCCGUUAUAAACCACACGACGGGCGAUGUCGGUCGUAUUCGUUUUCACAAAGCAAGUAGCAGGGAGCAAUGUCGCAUCACUGGGAAGAUGUAUGAUUCAAAAGGGGUUGCCCAUUAUACCAUUUUUGGUAAUUAUAUGGAAGCAGUUUACUCAUGUCCAGAGUCAUGCACCAAUUUUGACAUCAAUGGCCCCGAUGUGAGACUACUUUGGAAAGCUCCUGAGCAGAUAGAAGAUUAUCGCCAGCAAUAUUGCUUCACUCGAUACUCGCUAGCCCUGAAUGAAUUAACACCGAAGUUAUCUUAUGCACUUCCUCCUACCGAUUCAAGGUUUCGACCUGAUCAACGUGCACUGGAGGAUGGUGAUUUGGAUAAAGCUACCCCAGAAAAGCUGCGUUUGGAAGAUAAGCAGCGGAUUGCUCGAAGGGUGCGGAAAGAGCAGGGUGUAGAAUGGCAGACCAUGUGGUUUACCCAGAGGGAUCCUGAAGUAUCAGAGGUGAAGACGAUUGAAGAGGGUAAUGUCGAGCCGUCGUGGGUGUACAAGGGCACUUACUGGGACGCUCGUGAGAAGCUAGAUUGGGAAAAUUGCCCCGAUAUCAUGUAGGUUAUUGGUACGUGAUGAGUUGUAAUCGACUAGGUUGGAUCGCUGACCCGUAUGAUUUUCUGGACUUCAUUGCUCGUACGUAUCAUAUCAUUCUUUGGGUAGGAUGGGAGAGCUAAAGGUUGUGCACUUGACUUUGUAUAGGAAUCAAAUAGGCAGAAGAUUUUUUAGAGUAUGUAAAUGCCAAUUUAUACUGUGGCUUGCAGGGAUUCGUCAGCCACCAGCCUACUACCCGUUAUCAAGCAGGCUGAGAGAGAUACUGUAUAAAUAAUUUGCGGAAGUUUGCGGAUUCAUUUGGUCAUCUGCCUUGAAGUAUUUUGGUUUUGCA